CACGUGUCUACAGCUGUGGAGCCCAUCCAUCCCUCAUCCCUCAACGCUCGGGUGGAUAAAAUAUGGGAAACGAAGCAAGUACUAGCGUUGUCUGCAUGUUUGAACACGUCGUCAGAUUCUCAUUCAGAUUUAGAAUUCUUCGGGUAUCCGAGCCUCACCUUAGGCUUGGCAUUCUAAUUAUACCAGACUUAAAGAUAGAAUUUUGGACUUGGCUCACCUACAAAAAGUCUGCGGUUGGCGCCGUUCUAACCCAUUCGCUACAAGACGCUUAACAACCCACCUAAAUGAAUUCUGGCCCUCCUUACCCAACACAAGACUACUCUCGUUUGCCCUACCAUUCAAUCGAGGCAGACUACAGGAGACUCAUCAUGUCCAGUUCACAAAUACUAGAGCAGGCACCACCACCUAGCCUCAGAGAAAUACUUGGGGCAUACAAAUCGAAAGGCGACGGUGACAGAGAUAUGCUCAUUGCCAUGUUAAAUGCAAAGAGCGCCGAAGACCAGCGACUCGCAUCUGUCGCUUCCUUGCACAGGACUCUACUUGAAAUGUCCGCAGCGGAUGCUCGGCAUACAAGCCCUUCACCUCCCUCUCAUUCCUUACCACCCGCAGCACCUUACUCAAAACAUGGGCUAUUUCCAACUGACAUGACCAACGGACGUGUCUCCCCUCAACAAUUGCCUGUGGUCAGAGAACCACCUCAACCCUGUCAACCACCUCGAAAACGCCAACGCUCCUCUCGCUCCCCCUCAUCACACUACGAAUUACGCACAUCUCACACAUCCUCUCGCGACUUGCCACCGUCGCCAUAUUCGUCUCGGAGUGAUUCCGAGGAGUACUCGCCGCGCUCCAGAGCAUCGAUGGCGAUAGGGUCAUUGCUCUCCACCGGUCCUAGCAGAGAUGUUCCAGAGGAUCUACAAAAUCAUUCAGAGGGUACCCAACACACGUCCCAACACAUAUCUUCUGCUUCUGUUGGAGUUUCAGUGUAGCUACUGUACAAAUUUGCUUCAUUACUUAUUGUUUUCAUUGCGCUGUAUGGUUAGCAUUACUGUUUGUCAGAGUAGGCUCUCGUAAUCUCUCACCUUUUCCUGCCCCUUGUGGGACCCGCUGUUGUGAUUGGCAGCAACUAGCACCAACAAAUGGCAGUGAAAUGACACGUCUGGGCCGGAACUAGUGACCAAGAUAAUGGAACCAGACGACGCCAAGAACUUAUUUAUAAAUGCCCAGUUAUCUUUGGAGCUUAACUCUUUUGCAUAGUUGGGAGUCCCACCACGCGCAUGUUAGGUCGAUAAUAAUAAUGCGUUGCAUGGCCGAGCACACCGAG